GUUGAUGUUGUCAGUGGCUACGUGGAACUGGUGCUGUAAAGGCCGCUGUCACCCGGGCUCUGCGGUCCAUCACUCAUUUAUCCUCCAGUAACCUCCUCUCUUACAUCUAAACACCCAGUGGUUCAUCAAAGGUUGCGACCUAAUGUCAUCUGGGUCCAUGAUGUAUGGAUAUCAGCAUCAAGCUGUUGCAGGCCAGCAAUAUCAGCAGGCUGGCCAGGACCAGUAUCAGCAGGCUGGCCAGGACCAGUAUCAGCAGGCUGGCCAGGACCAGUAUCAGCAGCAAGGCUACCAGCAACAAGGCUACCAGCCACAACAACAACUACAGCAACAACCACAACCACAACAGCAGGGUUACCAACCUCAAGCACAGCAGGGUUACCAGCUCCAGACACAGCAGGAAUAUCAACCACAGCAGCAGCAGUAUGGUCAACAGCAGUAUCAGCAGCAGGACCAGUAUGGGGCACAGCAAAUGCAGCAGCAACAGCAGCCACAACAGCAGCCACAGCAGCAACAGCAGCAAGCCUCAUUCCACGAAUUUAUUGAAUCACAAGAAAGCAAAGAGGGUGUUCGCUUUUCUUGGAAUGUUUGGCCGUCGAGUCGAAUUGAAGCCACCCGUAUGGUAGUGCCCGUGGCUUGUACAUACACCCCACUGAAGAAACGUGAUGAUUUACCCCCGAUCUGUUAUGAGCCACUGAAGUGUACACAGAUGCAGUGUGGAGCUAUUUUGAACCCUCUCUGUCAGGUUGACUUCCGCUCCAAGAUGUGGGUGUGUUGCUUCUGUUUCCAGCGUAACCCCUUCCCUAACACCUACGCCUCCAUCAGCGAGCAGAGUCAGCCGGCUGAACUCUUCCCUACCUAUUCCACCAUCGAGUACACCAUCAUGAGGCAGCAGAACAUGCCCCCAAUAUUCGUAUUUGUGGUGGACACGUGUGUGGAUGAAGAAGAGCUGGCGGCGCUCAAGGAGUCCAUCACCAUGUCCCUCUCCCUCAUGCCGGCCAAUGCCCUCGUCGGUCUCAUCACCUUUGGUCGUCAUGUUCACGUUCAUGUUUUGGCUAAUGAAGUGAUGAGGAAGCAGUAUGUUUUCCCUGGAGGGAAGGACCAGACAGCAAAGACAGUACAAGAGUACUUGGGAGUAGGACUUAAAACUACAACACAGUCCCAGAUGCCAGGUCAAGCUGCACCUGCCCCUCAGCCAGGUCAGAUGAACAACAGGUUCCUACAACCAGUUCAGGAGUGUGAGAUCAUGCUACAGGACAUCCUGGCAGACUUGCGCCGUGAUCCCUGGCCAGUUAUGACCGGCAGGCGUUCUUUACGAGCAUCAGGAGCAGCGCUGUCAAUUGCCAUUGGUCUGUUAGAGGCAUGUUAUCCAAAUACUGGUGCCCGGAUUUUGACUUUCCUUGGUGGUGCUUGUUCCUAUGGCCCGGGAAUGGUGGUUGAUGAUGAUCUACGUAAGCCUAUUCGGUCUCAUCACGACAUUGAAAAGGAUAGCUGUCAGUACAUGAAGAAGGCCAUCAAGUUCUAUGAAGCGCUGGCCACAAGGGUAUCUGAUAAUGGCCACAUUGUAGACUUGUAUUCAUGUGCCCUGGACCAAGUAGGGCUGCAUGAAAUGAAAUACUGUUGCAACAGCACAGGUGGUAACAUGGUGCUGGGCGACUCGUUUAACUCCUCUCUGUUCAGGACGACCUUCCAGCGCGUGUUUGCCCGCGAUGAGAAGAGUAACCUCGAGAUGGCCUUUAAUGCCACGAUGGAAGUCAAAACCUCAAGAGAACUGAAGAUCGCUGGAGCUUUAGGGCCCUGUGUGUCUGCUCAUGAGAAAGGCCCCAAUGUUGCGGAAAUGGAGAUUGGAAUAGGAAACACGACCAAAUGGAAGAUGUGUGGGUUGACGCCCAGUACGACAAUAUCAAUAUUCUUUGAAAUCGCCAACCAGCAAGGCUCGGACAUUCCUGGUGGGCGUGGACAUGUACAGUUCAUCACCAGAUACCAACAUCCAUCUGGUCAGACAAGAUGUAGAGUCACAACAGUUGCAAGGAAUUGGGCAGACCCACAGAAUGGCCAGCAUUUCAUAUCAAUUGGGUUUGAUCAAGAAGCAGCUGCAGUAUUGAUGGCCCGUUUAGCUGUCCAUCGAUCAGAAACUGAUCAAGAUGGAACUGAUGUUCUUCGUUGGGUAGAUCGCAUGCUCAUUCGAUUGUGUCAAAAGUUUGGAGAAUUUACGCCUAAUGAUCCCAACAGCUACAGAUUCCAGGAUAACUUUAGCCUGUACCCACAAUUUAUGUUCCAUCUCAGACGAUCACAGUUCCUGCAGGUGUUUAAUAACUCGCCAGAUGAAACGUCGUUCUACAGAUGCAUGUUGAACCGGGAGAGUGUGACAGAGUGCCUUACCAUGAUCCAGCCAGUAUUAUACAGCUACUCCUUCAACGGGAUCGACGCGGUCAUGCUGGAUACAUCGUCCAUACAGCCAGACCGCAUCUUGUUGCUCGACACUUUCUUCCUUGUUCUGAUUUUCUUGGGAGAGACAAUGGCAGCAUGGAAGAAAGAGGGUUACCAUGAACAAGAGGAAUAUUCAUCCUUCAAGGAGCUUCUACAGUCCCCGAUUGAUGACGCCCAAGAAAUCCUCGCGACAAGGUUCCCCAUCCCUAGAUACGUAGAGACAGAGCAAGGUGGCUCGCAGGCACGAUUUCUCCUGUCAAAGGUGAACCCCUCACAGACGCACAACAACGCCAUGUACGGAGGGUCUACGAUCCCAGAAAGCAAAUCAACGGACGGUGGAUCUCCUGUACUAACAGAUGAUGUCAGCUUGCAAGUCUUCAUGGAGCAUCUUAAGAAACUAGCAGUUACAUCCAAUGCUUAAACAACUCUCCCAUAGAAGACUUUCAAUUGUAGAGUAUUAUUUAUAUAGAUAGAGAAAUAUAUGAAGUACAGAUACAGAUAUUCAGUGGUGUGUAAGUAAGUAGUUCAUGUAUUAUGGAAGGCUCAAGAAUAACGUUGUUGACACGAUCGUUUACCACAAUGUUGACACCAUUAUUUACCUGAUUCUUUUAUAGGGAUUCAUAAAUUGUGUGUUAGUAUUGGGAAGUUGGAGUCAAGUCCAGUAGAUGGUAAGAGGCAGUUUGUGAUUGAAUUAGAAUUUAUAUUGUUAUAAUAAAAAUAAAUAUUGACAAAUUGUUUUCCUGUAAGUUUAAGCAACAGAUAGGAACUGAAAUAAAACUUUAAAUUGUUUACUAACAAUCAAGAUGUAGAUAAUCAUUACAGUACACCCCAAUUUAUUUUCUGUCUUCAUUCAGAUGUCAUCCUGUUUAUUUUGCUAUUUUAUUUCAUUAAUGGAAUUGAGUUUGAGGUCAAUAGUAAUUGUCAUCAGUAUCUAGGAGUCACCAUUCCAUAAUAUGUUGUAGUUGAAUGUGAAAACAACAACUAGAGGUUAAUAAUUGUCACACUAUUGGUCAUUGUGUAAAUUGUGUACUCUUGUAUUUUAUUAAAAUGUCCAUUAUUA